GGAGCACCGACCGAGAGAGAGGUGAGAGAGAGAGAAAGAGAGAGAGAGAGAGAGGGGGUACAGGGAGAGAGGGAGAGAGAAGGGGAGAGAGAGAGGGAGAGUGGAGGCACGGUGGGCUCAGCGCAGGCACCCUGGGCGCCUGGGUAGAUAAAGAGUGGCGAGGGGUGGGUGGGGGGUGGGCGCGCACACUCCGCUCGCUCCCUCAGCGCCUGCUCUCCUCCCCGGCCGCCUCGCGGUUCCAGCAGCCGCCGCCGCGCCCGCCUCCCGCCACCACCACCACCUCCUCCGCCACCACCACUACCACCAACGCCUCCACCUCCUUCUGCUGUGCCACCGCUGCCGCCACCACCACCGCCGCGGCUGCUGCUGCUGCUGCCGCCCCCCACUCGCUCCCGGCCUCCCCGUACCGCGCUAACAACACCACCACCUCCACCGACACCUCCACCACCGACACCAACGCCGGCAGAAUGGACAGCGAGCGCGACGAGGAGCCCCGCGAGCGCCUGGAGCCGCUCUCGGACGCCGAGCUGGCCAUUAUCCAGGACACCUGGGCGCGCGUCUACGAAAACUGCGAGGACGUCGGGGUCACCAUCCUCAUCAGGUUCUUUGUGAACUUCCCGUCGGCGAAGCAGUACUUCAGCCAGUUCCAGGACAUGGACGACCCCGAGGAGAUGGAGAAGAGCAGCCAGCUGCGGCAGCACGCGCGCCGCGUCAUGAAUGCCAUCAACUCGGUGGUGGAGAACCUCAGCGACGCCGACAAGGUGUCCUCCGUCCUGGGCCUGGUGGGCAAGGCCCACGCGCUCAAACAUAAGGUGGAGCCGGUGUACUUCAAGAUCUUGAGCGGCGUGAUCCUGGAGGUGCUGGCCGACGACUUUGGCGAGUGCUUCACCACCGAGGUGGCGCGCGCCUGGACCAAGCUCAUGGGGGCGCUCUACUGGCACGUGACCGGCGCGUACGCCGAGGUGGGCUGGGUCAAGGUGUCCAGCUCCGCCGUGUGAGCGCUCCGAUUGGAUACGGGCUCGACCAA